AUGCCUUCUAUACUUACCGACGCCGACAAGGAAAUCGUCAGGAGAACUGUCCCCAAGCCUGCGAACAAAAUCCUUGCUGUAGCCGUUGCGCGCCUUUACGUUGCAUAUCCGGAUCCUCAAAGAUGGACCUACACUGGUUUACAAGGUGCUGCAGUGCUGGCAAAUGACCUAGUCGGCCGUACCUUCUGGCUCAAGUUGGUGGAUGUAUCGCCUGCAGGAAGGGGGGUUAUAUGGGACCAAGAAAUCUACGAUAAUUUCGCAUAUAAUCAGGACCGCACAUUCUUCCACACCUUUGAACUCGAAGACUGCCCCGCCGGGUUCUCUUUCGCCGACGAAAAAGAGGCUAAGACCUUCAUCAAGAAGGUCCACGAGCGGGAGAAGCAUGCGAGCAAAGAGACACGGUUGACACCUUUUGCGUCGACUCGUGGCCAGGGCCCAGCCCCAGUCGUCAAUGGCAAACAUGGCGUGGGUCGAUCGUUGUUCGGCAGCUUGCUUGGGCAUCGCUCUUCGUCCGGGUCUCACGCUCAAACGGUCACGCCUGCGGAAUUACCACCUGCACCUUCGAUUCAGGUCGCUCCCCCGCUGCCCGCCGCCAGCCCGCCACGCAAGGAGUUGCCUUUUGAUACUAGCGACCCCGCAUGGAAGGGACUGCUAGAUGAACUUCUGCAGAUGGGAAUCACGGAGGACCAGAUAGCGGAGAAUUCCGAUUUCAUCAAGGCUUAUAUUGAGCAGAAACAGGGCGCUGCUGGUUCCGACUCCAGUUCAUCUCUUCUUGAAGAUCAGCGGCGAGGAAAGGCUCCCCCUCCACCACCCCCAUCUGCACCGCCAGCUCCGAAAGUGGCAGCCCUCAGUCCGCAGAACACUGGAAAUAGUGGUGGCAGCAGGCGCGGCGCUCCGCCACCCCCUCCUCCGUCGCGCAGGACUCGGACUGAUGUCGAUGAUGAACCUGCCACGCCUGCAUCAAAUCGCGAGCCUUCGCCCCCAAGGAACCGCUUCCGUGCCCCUCCACCGAUUGCGGAUGCCGGUAAAUUUGCCCACAUAGCGGCAUCCGUGGCCCCUGGUCGUCAGCGAGCAAUGUCCAGCACAAACCCAGGCCCUCCUCCUCCCCCGCGGCCUCCAAAGACGCCAAUGGAAGAGAAUCACUCUCGCUUCGGUGUUCCACCUCCAUUCGAAGGAGUGCGAAAGGUGUCUGCUCCGCCGGCGCCACCCAGCCGCAGCCCCUUACCUUCUGCACCUCCGCCGCCGCCUCCGCGCACUAUGAGUCCUGCGGCGCCGCCUCAACUACCACCCAAAAUCCCCAAUGCUGCCGCCCCAGGUCCUCCGCCGCCUCCUCCAAGAAGCCCGGCUUCAGUACCCCCGCCUCCUCCACCUGUGCCUUCCAGCUCCCGGCCGAUUCCGCCGCCACCUACGAGUGCUGCUGGUCCGCCGCCUCCUCCCCCACCACCAUCGUCGAGCGUGCCUCCUCCACCGCCGCCACCACCCCCGUCACACCCUUCCUCAAAUGCAGCACCUUCGAUACCUCCGCCGCCGCCGCCGCCUCCGUCCAGCACUGGACCGCCUCCCCCUCCGCCGCCGCCACCCGCACCAGGCGGGGGUGCCGCUCCAGCGCUGCCUGCUCCUGAUGCAGGUAGAAAUGACCUCAUGGCUGCUAUCCGAGCAUCUGGAGGGAAGGGAGGUACGGGCUUGCGGAGGGUCAAAGAUUCGGAAAAGAAAGACCGAAGUGGUGCCUUUGUGCCCGGCUCUAGCGAGUCAGCUGCGGCCACACCAAGUACUGGAAGCGCGCCUCAAGGAGGUUUGGCUGGAGCUCUGCAGGACGCCCUGGCCAAGAGAAAGCAGAAAGUCAGCGGCAGCGAUGACGAAAAGGAGGAUGAUGAUGAUUGGUGA